GCCCACCACGCGCCUUACGUAACACCGACAUCGAUACCGUGUUGCACAUCACUACUUCCCGCGCGAAUUACAUUUUGAAUUUUCGAACGCGUGUGCUGUGUUUUUUUUUAUUUUGUGUCUGGAUUUUCCGGCUGGUGACUCAAACUUGAGGUCUUACAAGACAUCAAGAGCUACCGCGGUCGUAAGCCUUUGGGCGGAGGAGUAUCAUCAGCGGUCGGGUUGAGCCCUGGACUGCCAGCCGCCGCAUCUCCGGGCCCUGCUGCGCCCGCUGCACCUAGCCCUGCACCAGCCACAACACCGGCCAUGAAACAGGAACAUCCAAGCCAACCCAUGGCUCCAAUGCCAUUUUAUGCGGGGGACCCAAACAGAUUCCCUACAGCCUGGCAAACAGAUCCUUCACAAGGUUGGCAGAAUCAAUUUAUACAGCAGCUUCCUACCCAGACUGGCCAAACGACCUUAGACUAUCAAGGAAAUCAUACCCCUUACGCAACAUCUCCUCAUUACCAAGCCAACACCACGUACACCGUCCAAAACGUCGCUACUACGUUUGAUGUCACAAACAAUGCUUAUUAUCCAGCUGGAGUUCAAACUAUUCCAGCACAAAGACCACCAUCGAACCGUGGAGCGUAUACUCCCGUGCCAUCACCGCGAGCUCCACUUUAUACGACUGAGUAUCAACAACAAAUGCAGCAACACAGACAAGAAGAAGCCGAACAGCAGAUGUUCUCUCAAUCAGACAGGGUCAACUUAAAUUCUAGAUUAAAAACAAUGAUAUUAAAUAAACAGAACCAUAUAAGGGAUGGCACAAAUACACCACCAGAUAAAGGCGACCCCGGAGAGGGACCCCCUCGCGUUAUCGAUGAUAGAAAAAGUGGGGUUACUGAAGAUAGAAAUAACACCGGUCAUUUUUUAUCGUAUAGCCACCAUCUCCGAGAUAAUUACCGUAUAGGUGAACAGGGUAUAUCUGUCGCUGGUAAUUAUUCACAAAACACCCACGCUUAUGGUUUGGGUGACUUCGGAGGUGGUGGCCACCACGUAUGGGAGGGGGGGACGGAAGUCUCGAAAAAUUAUGAAAAAAACAAUUUGUCUAAGACUGUAUCUAAAACAUCUCAAAAAUUACCGUCUUAUACUGAUAUGAGACCACAAUAUGGAACAUAUACCAAUGUACCAUAUGACGCGCAAAAAUAUGCAGAAAUGUACGGUAGUGAUAGUAAUUUAAGUUAUAAUCAACAAGAUAGCAAAGAUUUUCAAUCAAAGAUGCUUAUUGGACCAGUAUCCGACAUUAAUCAACAAAAUUGCGCAUCCUCGCGUGAUGUAAACGCACAAAAGAGAGCUUAUGAUAGAGAGCCUUAUGAUCCUAAAUUUAGACAUCAAGUAGCACCUCUAAUACCUAAAUUAGAAAUACCAGAUAACUUCCAGUAUUUCAAAGAUCCAAUAAAAAUAGAACCUCAGAGACAUUUGAAUCAAAACGUAUAUUCAAAACCAAACGAAACGCUUGCGAAUAUUUCUUAUAAAGAAUAUUCAAACAACAUUUCUUCCAGACAAGGCCAAGUCACGGCUUUACCGCCAAUAUCAACAAUAAAACAUGAGAACUUUAACCAGAAACCUCAAAUCUAUCAGAACUUCCAGAAUGGUCCUUAUGAAAGAAAAAAUAAUAAAAAUGAUGUUUACGCACAAAUCCCAAGGAUACAAGAGAGUGUAGGUUUUCAGAAAUAUAAUAGAAAUUAUGAAGCUAGACAUGAAAAAGAAUCGGAUAAUUCUGAACGGAGCACCCCUAUUGAUCCUAAACCACCUUAUUAUAUAGAACAAAUUAAAUCAGAACAUUCACCACCUGGACACAAGAUAUAUAAAAAUUUAAACUACGGUCCACCUAGAAAUGAACCAUACAUGUUUACAGGGGAAGGAGGACCAGUGUCUAUUAGAAAUGAAAUAGGCUAUGCUUGUUGUAGACAAGGAUCUACAAAAAAUCCUCCACCAGAACAUUUAAGAGAUGGAGCUUGUCCUGGCCUUCAAACUAAAGAUGAAAUUCUAGAAGACGAUGCUGAAAAUACUGAUAAAACGGAUUCUAAAAAUCAAUCUAAACCCGGCACCCCAGUGCCUGAAUCACAUAUCAAAAAUACUAAGGAGAAUCAAUUCAAUUAUUCUAAGGAAUAUUUGGAUAAUUUGGAAAGGUUAAAAAAUAAUUCAAGGACGGAAGUACCAGAUUGCAAUUGCUUCCCAGCAGACAAAAAUCCUCCAGAACCUGGCAGCUACUACACUCAUUUAGGAGCAUCAUCAUCUUUGUCCGAACUGAGAAAAGAUCUUGAAGCACGUACAGGGCUAUCUGGCAAAGAACUACGAAUUGAAAAAAUCUGCUAUACUGGAAAAGAGGGCAAAACUGCCCAAGGUUGCCCUAUGGCUAAGUGGGUCAUACGGCGCUCUAACUAUACAGAAAAAGUAUUAGUCGUCGUAAAAUUUCGUAAUGGCCACAAAUGUGCUACAUCAUGGAUAGUAGUGUGUUUAGUAGCCUGGGAAGGAAUUCCACAAUCCGAAGCUGACUUAGAUUACACAUUGCUAUCUCAUAAACUGAAUAGAUAUGGUUUGCCAACAACACGUCGAUGUGCGACAAACGAAAACAGAACAUGUGCAUGUCAAGGUCUUGAUCCAGAAACAUGCGGCGCAUCCUAUAGUUUCGGUUGCUCCUGGUCCAUGUAUUACAAUGGAUGCAAAUACGCCCGUUCAAAAACUGUCCGUAAGUUCCGACUUUCGGUCAAAACUGAGGAGAGCGAGAUUGAGGAGCGUAUGCACGUUUUGGCAACACUUUUGAGCCCAUUGUAUAUGAACCUUGCACCUAAAUCAUUUGAUAAUCAAUGUCAGUUCGAGAAAGAAGCUUCAGAUUGCCGAUUAGGUUUCAAGCCUGGACGACCGUUUUCAGGAGUAACAGCUUGCAUAGAUUUUUGUGCUCAUGCGCAUAGAGAUCUACACAACAUGAACAACGGUUGUACUGCCGUCGUGACCCUCGCCAAACAUCGUGCACUUUCAAAACCUAACGACGAACAAUUACAUGUCCUUCCGCUAUACGUUCUAGACACUACUGACGAGUUUGGUUCAAAGGAAGCUCAGGAAGAAAAGAUGAAAAGUGGGGCUCUGGAAGUCUUGGACAAAUAUCCUAUGGAAGUGCGGGUUCGAUCGGUUCCUCUACAACCCUGUAGACGCCAUGGUAAAAAAAGAAAAGAUGAUGAAAAUUCAGAUUCGAAUAAUUCGUCUACAAACACGCCUCAACAGAGUCCGGGUAAUCAGAAAAAACCUCAAUGUACAACACCUGCACCUAAGACUCCACAACCAAAUGAUGUCAGAAAUAACGCCAGUCCGAGAAGCCAAAGCAGUGCUUCACCUAGAGCUAAUACACCUGCAUUAAGUCAAUCGAAUAAUUCGGCUUUUUCCAAUAAUCCACAUUACAAUUCGGCCUUUGUUAAUCCAAAUAUGCACGGUCUUAAUCCCGGACUAAUGAAUGCAAGCUUAGGGAAUCCUGCUUUACUUGAUAUGGCUACUAUGAUAGACAAUUUCACUGAUGCACAAUUACAGAGCAACCAAAUUUCUAGUACUGUGUUAGAUUCACCAUACAAUCCUUACGAUCAAAGUUACAAUCUUCAUAACCAGAGUUCUAUCUAUAAUCCGAAUCAUGUCCCUGCUUUAAUGGAGAACAACAGUCAAAAUUCAAAUCCCAAUCAAUUACCGAGUUUUUCGCCUGCAUUACAAAAACGAGAUCAACAAUUUAGUACUCAUAAUUCAGGCCCAAUGAAUGCACCUCAACAGCAAUGGCCUGAUUUUGAUAAUACGGAAAUAUUUAACAAUGUCGUUAAGGAAGACCCUGAUUCGACCACAGCUCAUUUGAAUAUGCCACCCAAUAACUAUAGUCCAGAUUCAAAUCGUAGCGAUACAAACUCAGAUCAAAUCUACAAAAAUAACACAGAGUCAGAAAAGCAACACGUGAUAAAUGACAUAUCACAAAAAAUACCUGAAUUUGAUAUGCCUAACUCCCCAAGAUUAACGGAGAUUUCUCAAAAAACACAUAGAACACCAGAAUCGCCGGCAUCUUCGCAAGAACUUAAAUCGCCAAAUAAUGAUACAAUUACUAACCCCGAAAUUCGAAAAAGUGUGUGGAAAUCUCCUGAUUCUAAAAACUGGGAAGCUAAAUCUAAGGAACAAGUUAAUGAAAAUGAAAGUGCAUUAUUUCGAGUACCUAAAGCUAGGCCACCAUCCCGGUCUCAAUAUCUUAACCCAAAUGAAGGUAUGGAAAAUUCAACUUUUUUGAAACCAUAUCCACCAUCUGAUAGGAACCAUACAAACCAAGGAUAUGAACAUAGAAGUAUGCAUGAUAUCAGAAUGAAUAAUGUUGUUCCCCCAACGUCAGCAGUUCAGUCUAAUUAUACUAUUAGCCAUGAUGAAACGCAAAACACAUCCUCAAAUAAACCCGUGGCUGAAUUCACGGGCAACAAUUUCCAUCCGAUUAGCCAAAAUUCUUAUAGUAAUCAACCUUCAAUGCAAGGUUACGGCAAUUAUCCUCAAAUGACAAACGCUUAUCCAUUUUCAACAAACCCAUAUGGACAUUAUAAUCCGUAUGAAAAUUCCUACAACGAUUAUAACAGUCUAGCAUAUUACAAUGCCGAAAAGUAUAAAAGAGAAGAAUUAAUAAGAAAUUCACAUUGCUACAAUUCUUAUGGAUACCAAUAUAAUCCAAACUUCGCCGCCAACUUCUAUCAGAAUCCGAGUCCUAAUUGGUGCCAAUCUUCACCUAAUUGGUGUUUGUAUCCUCCGCCCUUUUCUAUUCCGUAUCCGCCGGAACCACCUAAAGCGGAACCAAUAGGAGAAGUUACAGGCUUAUCAGAUAAUCUUGAAUGUUUCAAAGACAGUCAAAUGGGAGGUGUCGCUAUAGCGUUAGGUCACGGAAGUGUAUUAUUCGAAUGUGCUAAACACGAGAUGCAUUCCACCACGGCUGUCAAAAGUCCAAACCGAGUAAACCCGACACGUAUAUCAUUAGUUUUCUAUCAACACCGAAAUUUAAAUCGCCCUAAACAUGGUCUCGAAGAAUGGGAGGAAAAAAUGAGGUUAAAAAAAUUGGGAUUAAAUCCAUCGACACCAAGCACACCCGGUCCCAAUUCAAAUUCAGCGUCACCUGCGACGACCCCUGGGCCCGACCAACGACAGAUUACCACAGCAGAAAAAUGGAAAAAUAAUGAGAACCUAAUUCCAGGUGGAUACAGUUCACUAUCAGCAUUAGUGGAAGCAACAAAUGCUGCUAAGAAAAGUGGUCAGAUUAGACUGAGGACGGACACACAAACAACAAUGUCCUGGACCACUCUAUUCCCCAUGCACCCCUGCACUGUCACAGGUCCAUACCAAGAGUCCGGUACUUGACGCAAGCCAGGCCCUUUAGGGCAGUGUUCUUCCAAAAGACGGAGUGAAAUCCCUUCCGUAGCGAUGUAAGGUUUAAUAUGCCUUUUGAUCUAAGUCUUCUAGAGGAAAGUGCUUUCCACAAUUGUUUUGUAGUUCCUGGAUUUAUAGAACUUAAGCUCUCAAACUUUCGAUAAACUGGUCCAUUGUUCCCAUGAAAUUCCUUUAUUGCAUUUACAUUGGAAUUGACUACCGUUAUAACUUGUAUUUUUCAAUGUAAACCGAGUGAGUUUUUAAUCAAAGAUGUAAUUUAAGUUUAUAUUUUAAUAGUGUUUAUCGCAUUUCAGCUAGUCUUACGUUACUACGUUAGUAUCUAUGGUAUUUCUUAGGCCGUAACUGUAGAAUUAUUUGUAUAUUGACGUAUUUAGUUUUACCGGCGAAUCGAAAUUUUCGAAUAAGUUUAUAUUUUUACAUGCUAUAUGUAACAUAAUGACAUUAGCGUACGGUUUGUCUGCAUAUUUUGUCAUUUUUAAGUUAAACGCAUAAGCAAUUUGUUAUGCGAUGCAAUGAUCUCAUGAAAUACUAACCCUACAAUUUAUUCAUUAUAAUCAUUAUUCAGAGCGAAAGUACAAAACAACACAAUGAGGCUAACGCAUAGCCCGCUGAGAAGGACGGACGCGUUUGACGAUCGUUUUUAUUUAUAUUUUUGUACCUUUAUCUGUCUAUUAGUUACUUUAUUUAAAUAAUUUAAUUAUCAUUCCUCUGCCUACCCGAUUGUUUUGUUUUGGCAUUUUGUUUUACGAAUAAAAUUAUAAGAUCAUGGCAGCAUGUGUUAUAAUAAUACAAACGUAACGAGUGCUUUUAUAUUAGGUUAAGAGGUGUGUAUUUUUAACUUUUAGAAUAUUUAACUUAUUUAUAUUGUAUUACGUGAAUCAUUAUGAAAUCAUUUGCUUUGUAUCAAUUUAGUGUUAUAGUAGGUAUUAAUAUUUAAUAUAUUUGCUUUACGAUUUGACAUUAAAUUAUGGGCAGUUGUUUUAUGCAUGUUUCAAGAGCCUUCUUUACUUUUUUUACUUGAGUGCCUGUGCGUCUGGCAAUCACCAGAAAAGAGAAAUUCUUAUAUUGAAAACACAUUUUCGAACCAUUGAAUGUGACCUUAUUUGUGAAUCGAGUGCGUAUAGUAAUGUUCUGCUAAUUUAGCUAUUAUAAAAAAGUUAUAAUUACGUUCAUACGUUAAAAAAAGAAAGAUUAAUAAAUUACAUACAUUUAUAAGAUAGAGUAUUUGCGAAAAAAUUCAGGCGCUUGGAAAGAUUAUAAAGUAGGCAUAUUAUUGAAAAUGAAUAAAAACAUACUGAUGAAUAG